UUUAAAUUUAAAUUCAUCUGUAAGAUUUUUUUAAAACGUCGUUAAUAUUAUUUAAUUAAUAAAUAUCAAAGAAGACUUAUUUUCAUUUAUUAGUGAUUUUAUUUUAAAUAAAUUUUAUUAAACUGCAAUUGAAUUCCACUUAUUAAAAGGAAGAAUGGAUGGACAGAAGAUGAGAAUUGGCUACUGGAUGACAGAGAAGAAGUUUAAGAGGAUAAGAUUUAAGUUAUUUAUUGAAUUGUGCCGAAAUUCUGGCAUAGAAUGCGUGGAGUUGGAUUUGGAGAAAGAUUUAGAUAGCCAAGGUCCUUUCGACCUGAUUCUUCACAAACUGACCGACCACUUUGUUAAGACUGUUGAAGAUGGCUGUGUUAAUGUGCUUCAGAUGUUUCAAGACUACUGCAGCAGCCACAAAGAUGACGUUCUCAUCAUCGAUCCAAUCUCCAGCGUCUUCAAGCUCUUCGACAGAAAUGCCCAGUACAAACUCGCCGAAGAAUGCCAGAAAAUUGAAAUUGAUGGCACUUAUCCAUUCUUCAUUCCCUCAUUCGUCGAACUGAAAUCACGUGACAGCCUGGAGGAUGACGUCAUGACGAAAUUUCAUCUCUGCUUUCCUAUUGUUUGCAAAUCCAGCAUCUCAGUGCACUUGAACAUGGAUAACUUGCCGAAGAACAUUCAACACCCUGAUGAAAUGAUGAUAGUCAUGAAUGAGGAUGGCCUCCGAGAAGAUGUUAACUUCCCGUGCGUCCUUCAAAACUUCAUUAACCACGACGCCAAACUGUUCAAAGUUUUUGUAGUUGGCGACAGGCAUUUCGUUGUUGCUAGGCCUUCAAUUAAGAAUUUGUACGCCAAUGAAAAUGCAAAGACAAUUCAUUUUAGGAGCAGUGAUAUCUCCAAGUCAAAUUCGACUAGUUAUUUGAAUGUUAUGGAUGAGAACCAAAAGACGGAUGUGGUAGUGGUAGUGGAUGAGGGAAGGAUCGGUUCGCUGGUGGCCUGCCUGAGGUUGCGACUCGGCUUGGACCUGUUCGGGGUUGACGUCAUCGUCGAGAAUGCCACUGGCAGAUACGCCAUCAUCGACAUCAAUCCAUUUCCGGGUUAUGAUGGAGUUAUGGAUUUCCCUAGUGUUCUGUUGGAAUUUAUUCGGAGAAAGCUGACAAUUUUUAAACAUCAUCAUCAUCAUCAACAACAACAUCAUCAACAACAACAUCAUCAUCAUCAACAACAACAUCAUCAUCAUCAACAACAACUUCAUCAUCAUCAUCAACAACAACAUCGGCCAAUCGAAAUUUCUCAAAACCUAUCAAAUGUAUUAUCAUUGAAUAGUUCGUCUGCUAGUAACGAAGUUUUUUGUGUUUCGUCAUCAUCAUCAUCAUCACCGCCGCCAAACAUUAUACCAUCAUUACCAUCAUCAACCGUGACGUCAUCAUCGCCGACUAUGACGUCGUCGCCAUCGUGAUUUUAUAGCGCUGAAUUUAUAUUUAGAAAAAAUGUUUUUAUAACUCUUAUAAUUUUAGGUCAAGUGAUAAAUUAUUUUCUUUUAUUUUAGAAAAUUAUAACUAGCAAUAGAAAUAAUAAUUAUAGUUAUAAUAAUAUAGUAUUAAGAAUCUAUUUAGCAUUUUUCCAACUUAUUUUUGUGAGAUUUCUUCCCUGCUAUACCUCCUUUUAACUUUAUUCACUCAAUUAUUUUAUUGAUUAAUUAAAUUUAUUUAUUAAAUAAAGUUUUGACAAAAAAAUU